CUCUCUGCAGAGCACGGGGCAGGGCAGGAAAGAGGGGCCGCUUGCGACACCAUGUUGCUCCAGUGGACACUUUUGCAGCUGGCCUCGCUGGGGAUCGACGACAGCAAGUUAAAUAAGAACGGCACAGGUGUUCUCCCAAAUCUGAGACCAUUGAUUGGAGCCAGUCCAAUAAUAAAUCCGCCAGCAUUACUGAGUCAACUGCUGUUACCUAAUGCGCCUGCAGAGAUAUCACCGCCAGCACAAGCGGGAUGUCCGAACCGCACGUCAGAAGCAACUGCAGCACCAGAACCACCGCCCACAACGUCCUCAGAACCAACAACACCAACACCACCAGUAGUUACCACAGAUUCAUCCACGAAUGGAUCAGAAUUGAAACCUGAAGUGACGACAGCUGCAGCAGCACCGACAACUCCCGCACCAGAACCAACAACACCAACACCAACAGUAGUCACCACAGUUUCAUCCACGAAUGGGUCAGAAUUGAAACCUUCUGCCCCAGAAGUAACGACGGCUGCAGCAGCCACGACAACUUCCGCACCAGAACCAACAACACCAACGCCAACAUUAGUCACCACAGUUUCAUCCACGAAUGGGUCACAAUUGAAACCUUCUGCCCCAGAAGUAACGACAGCCGCUGCAGCACCGACAACUCCCGCACCAGUUCCAGAAACUACAAGCACGUCGGAGUUCGAAACAUACACACCAAUAGUGACAACGCAGCCUUCUGAUGGAUCAACAAUGGUGGUUCAAGGAGGUGUUUAUGACUCGCCAGAAGCAACAACGGCUUCUGCACUACAGACGACUCCGGCUUCAGAACCGAUAACGCCAACGCCAACAUUACUUACCACAGUUUCAUCUAUGCAUGUGUCAGAACUGAAACCUUCUGCACCUGAACUAACGACAGCUGCAGUAGCACCGACAACUUCGGCACCAGUUUCAGAAACAACUCCUGGGGAACCAACAGUAGACACGGAUGUAGUGCAGGUACACACUGAAGCGACAAGCCUCUCGCCACCUACAGUAUCAACAGAAGCGGCGGACAGUACAACAGAAACACCGAACGAACUAAUUCAGGACACCGUCGGAGGUGAACACUUACCUGAAAAAGACGCAGCGACAGUAACUCCGACGCAAAGUACAACAGUGUCAGAGUUGCCAACAACGACUACACAGAUUCCACCAUCUCAAACCGCAGUGCCAACUGAAGUACCAACCGAAACGGAGAACAACGAAGCAACUGAAUUUCUAGGAAAUGAGGAAACAGAUUCAACGCCAGAACUGUUACCAGAAACCGAAUCACCCCCUGUAUCAUCACUGACACCGGCGCCAGCACCGGAAAACCUGCAAGAAAUUCCACCUGCAUCUGUCACAAAACCACCGCCAUCAAAACCGGUAACACCAUAUCCACAUGCUCUCCUUGAAGCAGCUAUUGCUGGAGUCCUCGAACUGUUGUUAAAACAACGAGAUGCAGCUACACCGUCAGCCGCUAAUGUGCCUGAAUCUACUCUUGGAGUUGCGGCAGCACCUUCACCAGCGCUGACUGGAGAUACUACACCAGGACUUGCAGAACAAGGCAUACUUGGACUAGAGCCAGGAUCAGAUGCAGCUACACCAUCACCCGCUAAUGUACCUGAAUCUACUCCUGGAGCUGUGGUAGCACCGUCCCCCGUACUGACUGGAGACACUACACCAGGACUUGCACAACCAGGCACACUUGGACUCGAACCAGGCUCAGGUGCCACAGGACUGUUAUCUGCCAAGAUCCCUGUAUUAACUCCUGUACUUACGGUCGGAAAACCACAGGUUCUGACAGAAAACCUAAAUGCAGGGGAUUCACAACAAGAUACACUGGGACAAAAACCAGCACUGGAUAUCACCAUCCCUACAUCUGCGAACAUCCCUGAAAUUAUUCCAGGAUUUAUGGCAAAGCCAUCACGACUGACGAGUGCAGACAUUAUACUGGGUCCAUCAAAGCAAGGAAAACACAUACAAAAACCUCGUCCAGGUAAAGUCACACACACUUCUCAUAAUCGGCCUGGAUUGUCUGCUGGAGUUGGGAGGCCAUCAUCGUUAGUGUCGGCUGAAGGUGCAACAUUAGGACUUCCACUACGACCACAGGGGCGUAAACCAGAUUUUGUUCCUAUAUUACCACGUUUCCUACCGAGCGUUCCUCAGGAUAAGUACCUCGCACCCGCCACCAGCUCUUUAUUGCUCAAUGGAUUACAAAAUAAACCACAGUAUCGGUUCAAUUCUGCAAGACGCUUUGACACGGGAAGAAAUACUGAACCUCUCACUAAAGAUACUGAUUAUCCUUCACUUGAUCUCAUUCAAACGUUGUCACAUAUACCACCGGGCAUUCCUAUGGACCAGUACCUCGCACCCAUCAGCGCUUUAUUGCUGAAUAAAUUACAAUACAAACCGAAGUAUCUAUUCGGUUCUGGUAGAAGCUUCCACACGGAAGAUAACACCGAACCUCUCACUGAAGAUGUGAAUUACCCCUCAGCUGAGGGCCUACAACAUUUGGAUGACCCGCAUCCGCGAAGUCGGAGGAGUGUCGAGGAUCUCAUAGCAAAGUACCAGCUUGUGAAGUCCGUCAUCGACAAAUAUCUGAACAUGUCACCGAGGACGCAAGACUUCAUGGUGCGACAAGGAGUGAAAUUGACUGCGAAGAUGGUGAACGAGAUAUUGAAGAACUACGGGACUCAUGUGAAUAGCUGGGUCAGUGAAAAACUUUCGUACACAGGCCUGGGUAGCUUCAGCUCAUUGGUGGGUGGCGAAGUGGAGAUGUUAAUAAGACAGUUAGCAGACGGCUUACAAAAUUACAUAGAGACUCUCCCACACUGAGCAAUGUUUCAGUCAACGACGACUGUUACUGACAACACACAGUUUUCAAAAAGUUAUACAAAAUAAAAAUGUUUUAGCAUUCUA